AUGAGUUCUCAAUACUUCUUCGUAGCCCUCCUAUUCGUUUCUCUAGUUAUCGCACAAGGUCAUGGAGGAAGCAUGGAAAACUACUCUUUCAAGAAGCUUUUAAGAGCUCGAGGACAAUCAAAAAGUAAUUCUGAUCAAAACCGUGAUAUUGUCACGAACGAUAUUAAUACGUAUUCACCGGUGUAUGUAAGUGCUCAAUAUGGGCUUAAGGAAGCCGAUAAGAUCGUCGCAUUACCUGGACAACCUGCCGGAGUGACCAUUGAGCAAUACUCGGGUUAUGUAACCGUUGAUCCUCAAGCCGGAAGAGCUUUAUUCUACUACUUUGUGGAGUCCAACGAUUCAUCUUCCAAGCCCCUUGUGCUUUGGUUAAAUGGAGGACCGGGCUGCUCCUCGUUGGGAGCCGGAGGUUUUAUGGAACUUGGGCCCUUUCGGCCGAACCCUGAUGGAAAAACAUUGUGGGAGAACAAAUACUCUUGGAACAAUGAGGCGAAUAUUUUGUUCCUCGAGUCUCCAGCAGGAGUAGGGUUUUCGUACUCGAAUACGACAUCUGAUUAUGAUCAAAGCGGAGACACAAGAACGGCUAAGGAUGCGUAUGCUUUCCUAGUAAAUUGGUUAGAAAGGUUUCCAGAGUACAAAGACCGAGAUUUCUUCUUAACCGGUGAGAGCUACGCGGGCCACUAUGUUCCUCAACUAGCUCAACUCAUUCAACACAAUAACAAGAUCACAAACCAAACUGUCAUUAACUUAAAAGGAAUUGCCAUUGGAAACGCAUUAUUGGACGACGAGGCAUUUAGUAGAGGUUUGUACGAGUCACUAUGGAGGCAUAACUUGAUCUCCGACGAAAUUCACGACAAUAUCGUAGCAAGUUGUAAUUUUUUCGAUGGACAAUCAUCCCCGACGUGCGAUGAAUAUCUUGGUGAAGCAGAUGCGGCUGCUGGAAAUAUCUACACAUACGAUAUUUAUGCCCCCUUGUGUUCUUCACCGCCUUCCUCAAGCCCCGGGGUUGCCUAUUUUGAUCCAUGCACGGGGAAUUACGUGAGUGAAUACUUGAACCUUCCCGAAGUACAAGAAGCUCUCCAUGCAAAUGUCUCCGGUAGCCUUCCCGGAGAAUGGGAGUCUUGCAACAAUUACAUUCAUGCUGCUUGGAAUGACUGGCCAUCGACAGUGUUGCCGGUUGUUGAAGAGUUAAUUGAAAGCGGGAUUGGUGGAUAUUUGAGUUUUAUUCCCUUCUUAUCGUUGUAUUAUAAUUGCAGCGGUGACACGGAUUAUAUAGUGCCGACGACAACAACUAUUUUCAACAUAGACAAACUCAAUACUACUGUUAAGACCCCAUGGUAUCCAUGGAAUUACCAAAAUGAGGUUGGCGGUUAUGUGGUGGAAUAUGAGAAAGUGACGUUUGUGACGAUAAGAGGAGCUGGACAUUUUGUUCCGAGUUAUCAACCUGCUCGUGCUCUUACUUUCUUCUCAUCAUUCCUUAAUGGGAAGCUUCCGCCUUCAGAAUAAGCACGAG